AACUGUUCCGAAAGUUCCUUUGAGGGAAUAGUUACAUUGAACUACUUCGUUCCGAACGGAACCAAAUCUGACAAUCUGGAAAGAUGACCCAUCCUCUGGAAAACAAAAGCCGCCCCCGCAAAUAUCCAUUCAUUAACAUGAAAUUGGAUGAUUUCACGAUACUUGAUACCAUAGAAGGCCGUUUCAAUUGCUCCCAAUGUCAGCGGUCCCGCAAGUUUUUCUGCUACAAUUGCUACAUACCCGUUGGGGAUUUGGGUGAAAUUGUACCCAAAGUGACGAUACCCAUCAAGAUAGACAUCAUAAAACAUAAGAAGGAAAUCGAUGGCAAAAGUACGGCAAUACAUGCUGCCGUUUUGGCGCCAAAUCAAGUUCGAAUUCAUACGUAUCCAGAUAUACCAGACUAUAGUCAGGAGGAAGGUGUCGUACUUAUAUUUCCCAGUGUGGAAAGUGUAACGGUAGCACAACUGUUCGAACGUAAUGUGAGGCUGUGUAAAGAGAACAAUUUUGGAUAUCCCAAGGGGCACAAUGUGGGAACAUUGUUGAAAAGGCGAUUAGAUGAAGUUGUGGAAGAAUAUACAGAUGACAUAAAUGGAAGAAUAUACACAUAUGACAAUUUACCCAUCAAAAGGGCGGUGUUCAUAGAUAGCACUUGGAAUCAAAGUCGAGGCAUUUACAAAGACGAACGUGUGCGAUCGCUUAAACCUGUCAUAUUGCAGAACAGAUGUUCUCAAUUUUGGCGCCAUCAAAAGGGUAGUCCUCGCUGGUACUUGGCUACUCUAGAAGCUGUCCAUCAAUUUCUCUUGGAAGUACAUGUCAAUGCAUGGGGUUUAAAUAAACACUAUAGAGGCCUAGAUAAUUUAGAAAUUUGUGAGGCAUUUUAUAAAACGGCGAAGCUUGUUGAUGAUGCUGAAGACAAUAUGGAUCCAGUUGCACCUUAUAAUGGCCAAUACGACAAUUUAAUGUACUUCUUUGCCAAUAUGUACGAUUUAAUUCACAAAUACUAUGACCAUCAUGAGCUAAAGUCAUAUAGAAGACCCAUAUGAAAAUAAAUGCCAAAAAUAAAAAAGUGCCAAGAAGAGUUUUAAAUGCAGUGUAGAGUAGAUUCUAGAUGAGUCAGAGUCAUACUUGUUAAAUAUUUGUUUUUAUCAUUCACUGGGGAAACAUUAUUUUAAUUUUUAUCGACUAAUAGAUAAAUGAACCAAGUCCUUAAUGCAAAUAAAAUAUUGUAGCUAUUUUGUA